AUGAUGCGUCCCGCCCAUCUUUUUUGUGGUUGGCGAUCAGUGGCACGGAUCCCGUCCUGUUCAGCAUCGACAAUGGCAAAGCCUGGUGAGAAAGUGGUACAAAAAGAUGAGAUGUAUCGUUUCAUUGUGGAUUGCAUGAAGACGCAUGGUGUGGCAGAAUCUCAUGCCGGACAACUAGCUGACGUGCUUAUUGAAGCCGAUGUGCGCGGUCAUUACAGUCACGGAUUGAACAGACUUGAGAUGUAUAUUGGAGACUGUAUGAAAAAAGUAUGCGGAUUGGAUGGCACUCCGACCAUACUUAAGGAACGAGCUGGUUCUGCUUGGGUAGAUGGAAACAAUCUGUUAGGACCAGUCGUCGGUAACUUUUGCAUGGAUCUUGCAGUAAAGAAAGCGAAGGAAGCUGGUGUUGGUUGGGUGGUCGCAAAGGGUUCGAACCACUACGGUAUCUGUGGGUGGUAUGUACUGAGGGCAAUGAAGCAAGGUGUCAUGGCGAUGUCCUUCACGAACACUUCACCAGUGACGUAUCCGACUCGGUCCGCUAAACCGGCACUCGGCACGAAUCCGUUGUGCCUCGGAGCCAGUGGCACCGGAGGCGACUCGUUCGUUCUGGACAUGGCCACAACGACCGUAGCCAUCGGCAAGGUAUGGUGUUAUUACUCUAGGCCCUAUCAUCAUGCCAGGCUUUAG